CUCCCUUUCUCCUCCUCCAUCCUCUCUCUCUUCCCGUCGUCUUCACUUCUUCUCCUUCUUCUUUUGUAAUUUCCCUCCAUUCCUUCAGCUGGUUUUCGCCUCCAGCUUUCCUUUCUUUCUUUCCCUCCCCUUUUAUUCGAGUAAUCCUGCAGCUCUGGGAGGUGCAACAGUCACAAUGAGCGGACUCCGGUUUCUCGAUCUCAUCAAGCCUUUCACGCCCCUCCUCCCGGAGGUGGCCGCCCCGGAAACCAAGGUUCCCUUCAACCAGAAGUUGAUGUGGACGGGGUUGACUCUCCUGAUCUUCCUGGUCAUGAGUCAGAUGCCCUUGUACGGAAUUGUCUCCUCUGACACCUCCGACCCUCUGUACUGGCUCCGUAUGAUGCUGGCCAGUAACCGGGGUACCCUGAUGGAAUUGGGUAUCACCCCCAUCAUCUCCUCCGGCAUGGUUUUCCAGCUCCUCGCUGGUACCCACCUCAUCGAUGUCAACCUGGACCUCAAGACCGACCGUGAACUGUAUCAGACCGCUCAGAAGCUCUUCGCUAUCAUCCUGUCCUUCGGUCAGGCCUGCGUCUACGUCCUCACUGGUCUUUACGGCCAGCCCAGUGACCUUGGUGCCGGUAUCUGUGUCCUCCUGAUUGUUCAGCUGGUCGUUGCUGGCUUGGUUGUCAUUCUGCUUGAUGAGCUCCUCCAGAAGGGCUAUGGUCUUGGUAGCGGUAUCUCUCUGUUCAUCGCGACCAACAUCUGCGAGUCGAUCGUCUGGAAGGCUUUCUCCCCCACGACCAUCAACACUGGCCGUGGUCCCGAGUUCGAGGGUGCCAUCAUUGCCCUCUUCCACCUUCUCUUGACCUGGUCCGACAAGCAGCGUGCUCUUCGUGAGGCUUUCUACCGCCAGAACCUCCCCAACAUCAUGAACCUGCUGGCCACUCUCCUCGUUUUCGCCGCUGUGAUCUACCUCCAGGGCUUCCGUGUCGAGAUCCCCGUCAAGUCCUCCCGCCAGCGUGGCAUGCGUGGUUCCUACCCUGUUCGCCUGUUCUACACCUCCAACAUGCCCAUCAUGCUUCAGUCUGCUCUGUGCUCCAACAUCUUCCUCAUCAGUCAGAUGCUCUACUCUCGCUUCUCUGACAACCUCCUUGUCAAGCUUCUCGGUGUUUGGGAGCCUCGCGAGGGUUCUGCCCAGCUCCACGCCGCUUCCGGCAUUGCCUACUACAUGUCUCCUCCCCUGAACUUCAAGGAGGCCCUUCUUGACCCCAUCCACACUGCCGUUUACAUUACCUUCAUGCUGGUCGCUUGCGCUCUCUUCUCCAAGACUUGGAUCGAGGUUUCCGGCUCUGCUCCCCGUGAUGUUGCUAAGCAGCUCAAGGACCAGGGCCUCGUGAUGGCUGGUCACCGUGAGCAGAGCAUGUACAAGGAGCUCAAGCGUGUCAUCCCUACUGCCGCUGCUUUCGGUGGUGCCUGCAUUGGUGCCCUGUCCGUCGCUUCUGACCUCCUUGGUGCUCUUGGCAGCGGUACUGGUAUCCUCCUUGCCGUUACAAUUAUAUACGGAUACUUCGAAAUUGCCGCCCGUGAGGGCGACAUUGGAUCGGGCCUCAAGGGCCUUGUUCCGGGUAACUAAAUAAGGCCCCUUUUUUGAUGAAAGCAUGAGAAGAAGUUUGAGGGCUUAUGUUUGUUCUUGCAACUUUCUGUUCUUCUCGGGUAGAGUGCUGUUGUGGCUGGGAUCUGGAUUAUUUAGUUCUUGAUGGAUGUAUGGCUAGUUUUUAACAAUUUGCAGGAGGGGAAGAUCUUCUCUACGAAGAUACGUCCACGCCACAGCUGUACAUAGCACCUACCUGGUUUGUAACCAUAUUGACAAAAGAUCUAAAAUUAACUUAAUUGGCU